AGUCAACCUGACCCGUCUACUCUGCACAACUGCACAAGAGAGUGCCUGGAGGACACACCAUCGACACACCAGGACUACGAUCACAAGCAGCUGCUGGAAGCCGCCAAGCGAGGCAUCCAUCUCCAGGGCGGAUCGCCAUUGACUUCCCCACCAUCAGGCUGCACGAGAGCUUCUCCUUCUCCCACCCGACCAGGAUGUUCCUGCGCAACCGGAUGAGUAUGCAUACAGAAGGGAUGAUCCACGCGCAGCCGGUGGACGCUUGCAUCCUGAUCGGAGCCAGCGACAAGACGGUCUCUGUGCAGACGGGGAAUGGGAUGACGGUGGAUGUGGAUGUGGAGGCGAGGGUGCGGCGGAUGGAGGUGAGUGAGGAGGCGGAGUUGGCGGGGCGGAUGGCGGAGAGGGAGGCCACGGGGACCUUGAAGGGAGGUGGGGGAGAGGUGGAAUGCACGGCGGGGGCGGCCGCGCGGGUAUCGCGGGUUGUUUGUGUGAGCGGGAGGUGA